AUGAAAUUCAUUCAAUUUUCGCGUUUUCCACGUCUUUACCAGCUCCUCUGCCCAGAGCUCAACCAACGCCAACCGCUCACCCAAUACCAGUGCAAACUUCAAGAAUUAUUCGAACCGAAGGACGAGACCUGGUUUUACAAUACCUUCGCAAAAACCCGAUCAGGUGCGGACCGGAUUCAGAACUACCACCCUCCGGCUGGAGACCUCUUCGAACGCCUUCCAAACGAAAUCAUUGACGAAAUAUUCGAUUAUGUGCUGCUUCACAAGGAUGACAGCCUCAACCCUGACAAACGCAAGGAUGAGGAACUUCACGACAAGGCUGAACAUGACGCCCUGGACGAUCUAGUUUCCUUGGGCCUUUCCUCCGCACGCCUAUGGCCACUGCUCUUGGAGCGCAUCCAUCGGAACUACCAGACCAACUGGUCAGGCAAGAAGGUUGGCUUCCACGACUACAACCUUGCCUUCACUGCUGAGCAAGGGCAUAACUAUGGUAUCGCAUCUCGAUACUCAAACACGAGCGACUUAAAGUCCAUGAAGUACGAGAUAGAGAUUCCACCAGAUGAUCGGGAGAAGAUCGAGCGAGAUCUCCGGCGGACGAAUCUGCGUUCCACAGAGACAGAGUGGGUACUACGCAACCUAACGACCAGACAAUACGUACGUUCGGAUCGAUUGCAAGAGCCGGCCUCCGCAGAGCCAGAGUGGCCUCCCCUGCCCAAGUCUCAGGAAAAGCUGAUGACCAGAAUGCGGCGACAGCGCAAGGCCCUGAUACAACGAAUGAGGAAUGAGGCAACGGAAGACUAUGUCUCACCUUGGCCCUUUGACCUGGCGAAUCUGCCACUUACUCUGGCCAACAUCUUUCUGGUUCUGACCUGUGACAGUGCAGAAGUAUUACCAUCAUACAUUCCUAAAGAUGACCCCGAAAAAUAUCUGCACUUCCACGAUGCCCCCUGGUCGGGUUGCGCAUUCGAACUCAUUCCGCUGGACGAUCACCUUGAUGCUCAAGAACAAGGCUUGGACCCAACAGCUCCGACAGAUGAGACGUGGAUGGAUGUCAGUAGAGAUGUGGUCGCCGAUAUGGCGAACUUGCGCUUCUGCAUCCAGAAAAACAUUGCUAUCUCCGAAGAAGAGAUCAAAAGGAAUCUCAACACUGCAGAGAGACGAGGUGAACAACCAGCAUGGCAUGCGUUUUGGGUCAACUUCUACGCCAGCAUUGGAGAGACAAGAAGGCAGCAUCGACAGUGGGUGAAGACGUGUCCGCCUAGGCCUUGGAUAGAUGAGAGCAUGUAUGCGGAAACGUAG